UGGAACUCAUUAAAAGCGGUGUUUAUAUCAUUUUGCUUAAAUACGUUAGUAAAAGAUAAACUACUUAAAUGCUUCUUAAAGUUAUUAAUGUUUUCUUGCGAAUAGCAUUUCUUGAAAGUAAAGACAGAAUCAGGAAUUACUGUUUUUUGUUUAAUGUCAAAUUCUAAAACCUGCGCUGUAUCAUGGUCCAAUUGAGGUUAUGCAGAUUACAUUACUUUUUCCAUCUGAUGCUGCUAAUACUUCGAAUGUGAAUCUUAAUUUUUCCAUGUUUUAUGUUAUAUUACUAUAAAUGUCGUUUUAUAAGACAAAGGUGAUAUUCUAUUAAAAUUUUGAAAUCUAGAAAUUAAACCAAUGUGUUGCUCUGAAAAAACAAAGAUUUAUUUUGAUAUUUUUUAUACUUCAAUACAAAAUAAAACUACCUAAUUGUACCUAUAUAACCUACCUGAAAAAACAAAGAAACGACAUUUAACGUUUAUUCUUCGAUUCCUUUACUUAAUCUAUAAUGAAAAUUCACUUUAGCACUAUAGUGGCGCAUAUCGAAAUGAGCGUCGAUCUUUCAGAUGCUCGCGAAGACAUUCCACCCGGCCGCCCCCUCGCGCCGCCUCUGCGCGCGCUGAGCCCGCUCAACCGUCAGCUGAUCUACACGCUCGUCGACGACGACGACGCCUCCGACUUGUUCGAGAUACACUUCGAUGCAGCACCCGACAGAGGCAAUAAUCCAUGUGUACUGAUCGCCCGAGCGCCGCUCGACUACGAGACUGCGCAGACGCACGAGCUGGUGGUGCGGGCCACGGACGGCGUGACCGGCGCCUUCGCGGACGCGGCGGUCACGCUGCGGGUGCGGGACGUGAACGACUGCGCGCCCGAGCUCGAGAGGGACGUGUACCGCGCCUCCGUUUCCGAGGCCGCCGCCGUCGGGGAACUGGUCGUCGCCGUGCGCGCCACCGACAACGACACAGGCGUCAACGGCGAAAUCGAGUACUCGCUGAGCGGGUACGGCCCGGAGGCGAGCGCGGCGCCGACGGCGGAGUUCAGCGUGGACGCGCGUUCGGGCGACGUGCGCGUGGCGGCGCCGCUGGACCGCGAGCGCCGCGCCUCCUACCACCUGCUCGUCACCGCCACCGACCGCGGCCGCCCCGCGCUCCUCACCACAGCUCAUCUCUUCAUCUCAGUGGAGGACGUGAACGAUAACCCGCCGCGCAUGGAGCGCGCCGUGGUGGCGGCGCUAGUGUCGGCGGAGGCGGCGCGCGGGACGGCGGUGGCGCGCGUGGCGGCGUGGGACGCGGACGCGGCGGACGCGGCGCGGCUGCGGUACGCGCUGGCCGCCGCCGCGCCGCCGCACCACGCCUUCGCCGUGCACCCCACCACCGGCGUGCUCUCGCUCGCCAACACGCGCGCCUGGGCCCAGAUGGGCGGCGCCCCGCGGUCGCUGAACGUGUCCGUGUCGGACGGGGCGCACGCGGCGUUCGCGCGCGUGAAGCUGUCGCUGGCGCCCGCCAACCGCUCGCCGCCGCACUUCCCCCACCUCGUGCACGAAGCCCGCGCGCUCGAGAAUCAACCGCCGCCCCUCCUCCUGACCACCGUGAAAGCUUACGACGACGACCCCGGCGAAUACGGCACGAUAACGUACUCGAUACCUUCGGCGAAGCUCCGCGAGACGUUCGCGAUAGACGCGUCGAGCGGCGCGCUCACGACGCGCGUGCCGCUGGACCGCGAGGCGCGCGCCGAGUGGGAGGUGCCGGUGACGGCCAGCGACGGCGGCGGCCUCUUGCGGCACACGACCGUGCGCGUGCGCGUGGCCGACCUCAACGACAACGCGCCCCAGUUCCCGCACCGCGAGUACCGCGCCACCGCGCCGCACGACCGCGCGCCCCGGGCGCCCUUCCUCACGCUGACCGCGCACGACGCCGACGCCGGCGACAACGCGCGCGUGCACUACUCCAUCUACGAGGGCGACGGCCGCUCCGACGCCGCCGGCCUCUUCGCCGUCGACGCGCACACCGGCGCCCUCUCGUUCGCCCGCGACGCCUCCGCCUUCGCGUCGCGGUCGGUGCAGGUGUGGGUGCGCGCGCGCGACGGCGGCGGGCUGGCGGGGGAGGCGCCCGUGUCCGUGUACGUGACGGGGCCGGGGGAGGGGGACGCGGUCCCGCGGCUGCACGCGCCGCCGCCCGCCGUGUUCCUGCCCGAGGACGCGGCGCCGGGCACGCUGAUCGCGGAGCUGCGGGACCCCGCCGCGGAGGAGCCCGCGCCGCGGUUCAGGUUGGCUCCGGGACUGUGGCCGCGCGACCUGUUCGCCGUCGACGCCGCCGGUCGACUCGUGCUCGCCGGCCAGCUGGACAGGGAGACGGCCGCCGAACAUAUCAUAGGCGUUAUAGCGGAGGGCGCGGGCAGCCCGGCGCCGGCGCGCAUGGUGCAGACGCGGCUGCUCGUGCUCGACGUGAACUCGCACGCGCCCGCCUUCCACUCGCAGCCCUACACCGUGCUGCUGGCCGAGACCGCGCCGCCGCACACCUCGCUCGUGCAGCUGAUGGCGGACGAUCCCGACUCGGGAUCCAACGGCGAAGUUCGGUUCUCGAUCCUGGCCGAAGAGUCGGAGGGCAGCGCCGCGCUGUUCCGCGUGGACCCGCACAGCGGGUGGGUGAGCACGGCGGGCGCGCUGGACCGCGAGCGGCGCGCGGAGCACCGCCUGGCGCUGCUGGCCGCCGACGGGGCGCCCCCGCCGCAGCGCCGCAGCGCGCGCGGCACGCUCGUCGUGCGCCUGCUGGACUACAACGACUGCCCGCCGGUGUUCCUGCAAGACCGAUACGAAGCCGAGGUCGCGGAGGACGCGGCGGCGGGCACGGUGGUGGCGCGGCUGGGCGUGCGGGACGCGGACGCGGCGGGCGGCGCGCUGUCCUACUUCGUGGCGGGCGGCGACGCGCGCGCGCGGUUCCAGCUGCGCGCCUCCGGGGAGCUGUACGUGGCGCGGCCGCUGGACCGCGAGCGGGAGCCGGCCUACCUGCUCUCCGUCGCCGCCACCGACGGCAAGUUCACCGCCUACACCGAAGUCGCCAUCACCGUCCUCGACGUGGACGACAAUCCGCCGUACUGCAUCCGCCACCGCUACUACGCGCAACUGGCGGAGGACGCGGCGGUGGGCACUCGCGUCAUCACGCUGCUGACUGGCGACGCGGACGGGCCCGGCCCCGCCGCGCUACGUUACUACCUCACCGGCGACCACGCCGAAGAUUUCGCCAUCGACAAGGAGACCGGCGUGGUGACGGUGGCGGGCGCGCUGGACCGCGAGGCGCGCGGCGCGUACGCGCUGGUGGCGCACGCGCAGCACCGCACGCGCGCGGGCUGGGGCUGCGGCUCCGAGCUGCUCGUCAGCGUCGCCGACGUCAACGACAACGCGCCCGCCUUCUCCGCCGACACCUACUGCGUCACGCUGCCCGAGGACGCGGACAUCGGCACGCUCGUCGCCAAGGUGCACGCCACCGACUUAGAUCUCGGCGAAAACAGACUGGUGCGAUACUCCUUCGCGGAGGAGAACGACGCGUUCGAUCUGGCGAGCGACAGCGGCAUCGUGACGCUGCGAGCGCCGCUGGACCGCGAGACGCAGGCGGAGCACCGCCUGGUGGUGGUGGCGCGCGACCGCGGCCGGCCCCCGCGCUCCGCCUCCGCCACCGUGCGCCUCACCGUGGCCGACGUCAACGACAACCCGCCCGAGUUCGAGCUGCGCCUCUACCGCGCCUCCGUGCCCGAACUGGCCGCGCCCGGCGCCGAGCUGCUGCGCGUGCGCGCCACCUCGCGCGACGCCGGCGUCAACGCCGACGUCUACUACUCCAUCGUCGGCGGCGACGGCCGCGAGGACUUCGCCCUCGACCGCUCCUCCGGCGUCCUCGUCGUCGCUCGCCCGCUCGACUACGAGCGCCGAAGGGAGUACGCGCUCACGAUCCAGGCGAUCGACGGCGGCUCGCCGCCGCUCAGCGACCGGGCCUCGGUCAACGUGACCGUCGUCGACGGCAACGACAACCCGCCGGUGUUCUCGCAGCCGACGUACGCGGCGCGCGUGCGCGAGGACGCCGCCGUCGGCGAGCGCGUCGUCCAGGUGAUCGCCGACGACGCCGACUCGGGGGCGAACGGGCGCGUCGAGUACUCGAUCGUGCGGGGAGAUCGCGACGGCCGCUUCGUCGUCGACGCCGACACCGGGUACGUGUCGGUCGCGGCGCCGCUCGACAGGGAGGCGGUCCCGGCGUACGCGCUCGAGCUGCGCGCCCGCGACCGCGGCGUGCCCGCGCUCGAGUCGUCCGCGUUCGUCAACAUCGAGGUCGGCGACGCCAACGACAAUCCCCCGCUGUUCGCGCAGACCAACCACUCGGCGGUCGUCCGGGAAGAUCGGCCGCUCGGCUACACGAUCGUGAAGUUCGAAGUGCGAGACGCGGACGCGCCCCCGAACGCGGCGCCGUACACUUUCGACUUUCAGUCCGGGAACGAGAUGGGCGCGUUUCGUCUCGAGCAGGACGGAUAUCUGCGAUCGGCGACCCGGUUCAACCACCGCAUCAAGGACGCGUACGCCCUCCAGAUCCGCGUUUUCGACAACGGAACCCCGCCGUUGUUCUCGGACGCGUGGGUCUACGUCAGAGUGAUCGAGGAGUCCCAGUACCCGCCGGUCGUGACGCCGCUCGAGAUCGUCGUCAACUCGUACCUGGACGAGUUCCCCGGAGGUGAGAUCGGCCGCGUGCACGCGUCCGACCGCGACGCGUACGACUCGCUCGCGUACGCGCUCGCGCCCGCCGACGGCGCCCCGUACCCGCCCUCGGACCUGUUCGAGAUCGACGCCGCCGCCGGGACUCUGCGCGCCGCCCCGCGCCUCGACGUCGGCGACUACCGGCUCAACGUCACCGUCGACGACGGCAAGUUCGUCAGCUUCGCGAUCGUCCGCGUCGCCGUCGUCCUCGUCUCCGACGAGAUGCUCGCGCGGACGAUCGUCGUCCGUUUUCGGGAAGUCACCGACCGCGACUUCGUUCUGAGCCACCGAAAAGGAUUCGUCCGGGCGGUCGCCGAGGCGACCGAGUGCGAGAUAGGCGACGUGACGAUCGUGAGCGUCCAGCCGUCCGGCGACGCGGCCGCCGCGCGGCGCGCCCGCCGGCAGGUCGCGCAGGAUCUGGACGUCGCGUUCGCCGUCCGCGCGGCCGGGGGCUUCCUGCCGGCCGACGCGCUCCGGCGGCGCCUGCACGCGCACCUGGAGCGGCUGGAGGAGCGCACGCGCCUGGUGGUGGAGGAGCUGCUGCGCGCGUCGUGCGGCGGCUGCGUGCACGGCGCGUGCGCGGAGCGGCUGGAACUGGCGGGGGGCCCGCGCGCGGUGGCCACGGACGUGUACUCGCUGGUGGCGGCGCCGCACCGGCUGCGCGGCGACUGCGCCUGCGCCGGCGGGUACGCGGGCGACCACUGCGACCGCAUCGCCGACGCCACCGACGUCGAUGCCGAUUGCGGCGAACUCGGUUGCAGAUCGAGUCCGGCGGUGACGCAGCUGGCGGGCGACGGGUACCUGGUGUACCGCGUGGAGCGCGGCGCGGUGGACGGCGCGCGCGUGCCGGACGACGAGCUGACGCUGUCGCUGCGGUUCCGCACGCGGCGCGAGCGCGGCACGCUGCUGUGGGCGGCGGGGCGCGUGGACUACGCGGCGCUGGAGGUGGCGGAGGGCUACCUGCAGUUCCGCCUGGAGCUGGGCGCGGGCCCGGCGCUGGUGCGCGCCAGCGUGCCGGUGGCGGACGGCGCGUGGCACGAGGCGCGGCUGGAGCGGCGCGGCGCCGCCAUGCGCCUGACCGUGGACCGGCGCAGCGCCGCCGCCGCCACGCCGCCGCCCGCCGCCGUGCUGGACGCGCGCGCCGACCGCCUGCUCGUCGGCGCCGCGCUGCUGCGGCACGCGCACGCGCUCGCCCCGGAGCAGGUGACGUACGGAUUUCACGGCUGCAUCUCAGAGCUGAAGUUGGGAGGCGCGAGCCUGCCCUUGGAGGAGGGCGGCACGUCGCGGGACGGACGCGCCGUGCUGGUGCGGCGCGUGCGCGCGCGCGUGGCGGCGGCGUGCGCGCCCCUCCCCCCGCCCACCCCCUGCGGCUCCGCGCCCUGCCUCAACGGGGGCUCCUGCCGCGACGCGCCCGGCCUGCUGGACACCGAGGGCUACACCUGCCUCUGCCACGAGCGGUUCCAGGGCGCGCGCUGCGAGGUGAUCAUCUGAGUUUCGGCGUCCGCCCGCUCCGGCCGGCCGGAGGUCGUUCUCGUAAAAUAAGCUAUCUCACCGGCGAACGUCUAUUUUCAGGUGGACACGGACCCGUGCGCGUCGCAGCCGUGCCUCCACGGCGGGUUCUGCUCGGUGGCCGGCGACGGGUCCGGGUUCCGCUGCGCGUGCGCGGAGGGGCUGAGCGGCGCGCGCUGCGAGCGCGGGCGCUGGUGCGCGGCGGAGGCGUGCGCGCACGGGGGCGCGUGCGAGGAGGGCGAGUGGGGCCCGUCGUGCCGCUGCCGCGGGUACUACGGGCCGCGCUGCCAGUACGACGUCGACGAGUGCGCCGGCGAGCCCUGUCUCAACGGCGCCACCUGCCUGAACGAGCCCGGCUCCUUCCGCUGCCUCUGCCCCCCGGAUAAAACCGGCAUGAACUGCGGCAACCCUCUGUACUCGGACGCGGUGGUGUCGGGCGGCGCGGAGGCGGGCGGCGCGCGCGCGCUGCGCGGGGCGUGGCGCUGGGCGUGCGAGGCGCGCUGGCCGCUGGCGGCGGCCGCGGCGCUGCUGCUGGCGCUGCUGCUGCUGGCGGUGGCGCUGCCGCUGGCGCUGCGCCGCCGCAGUCGCCGCCGCGCCGCCGCCGCCGCCCGGGCCGAGCCGCUCAACAGCGAGAAGCUCGUCCCGCGCACCUCGAAGCUGUCCAACCUGGAGGCGGUGUCGCGCCGGGAGCGGCCCUCCUCGUGCGCGGACCCGCCGCCGCUCAACAACGUGGACACGCUCCGCAGCUACGGCUCCGCCGGCGACGAGCUCGAGGGCAUCCCGCCCGACUACCGCCGGAACCUCAACAUCGAGCCGCCGCAGGAUCGGAAACCUUGGUCGGAGCAGAUGCAUCUGCACACGUUCGUCGACAACAAGAUAUACAACGGUGAGACCGCCCUCCUCGA